AUGGCCUUCGGAUACAAAGGAUGUGGAGGAAAUAAGAACAAUUUUGACACGGAUGGCACUUGUACUUCUUUAUGUAAACCAACGAGCAUCAACUGGUGUCCAGAGGACUGUAAAACCGACGGAUACUAUAAGAGGCGAUUGACUGGUGGUGGAAUUUGCUGUAGUAAAGAUGUCAGAGACAAGGUUGAAUCGGACUACGCUCCAGUAUGUGGAAAAGGAAGAAUUGCAUUGAUUGUGAAGAACGACGGAAACGAGAUCUUGUUGAUUGGAAAGAAUUGA